GCCCGAUGGCGGAAGUUCCGCCGCCGCAGCACGCCGUGCUGUCUCCUCGUGCAGCCCAUUGCCGGCAUGGCGCACUACAACUUUAAGAAGAUUACCGUGGUGCCGUCCGCCAAGGACUUUAUUGACCUGACAUUAUCAAAGACUCAACGAAAGACUCCGACAGUUAUUCACAAGCAUUACCAAAUUCAUCGUAUUCGACAUUUUUACAUGAGAAAAGUCAAAUUUACUCAACAAAAUUAUCAUGACAGACUCUCCCAGAUUCUCACGGAUUUCCCCAAGUUGGAUGAUAUCCAUCCAUUUUAUGCUGAUUUGAUGAAUAUUCUCUAUGACAAGGAUCAUUACAAGUUGGCUCUGGGACAAAUAAAUAUUGCCAAAAACUUAGUGGACAAUGUUGCUAAAGAUUACGUGCGGCUUAUGAAAUACGGCGAUUCUCUCUACCGAUGUAAGCAGCUGAAGCGUGCUGCACUUGGGCGAAUGUGCACCAUUAUCAAGAGACAGAGGCAGAGUUUGGAAUAUUUGGAGCAAGUGCGUCAGCAUUUAUCCCGCUUGCCAACCAUUGAUCCAAAUACAAGGACUCUGCUUUUAUGUGGGUACCCAAAUGUUGGGAAAUCCAGCUUCAUCAAUAAGGUAACCAGAGCAGAUGUGGAUGUUCAGCCCUAUGCAUUUACAACAAAGUCUCUAUUUGUUGGGCACAUGGAUUAUAAGUAUCUACGUUGGCAGGUUGUAGACACUCCAGGGAUUUUGGAUCACCCUUUGGAGGAUCGGAACACCAUCGAGAUGCAGGCCAUCACAGCCCUGGCUCACCUUCGUGCUGCGGUUCUGUAUGUGAUGGAUUUGUCUGAGCAGUGUGGACAUGGUUUGAAGGAGCAAGUAGAACUCUUCCAGAAUAUAAGACCUCUCUUUAUCAACAAGCCUCUUAUAGUUGUUGCCAACAAAUGUGAUGUGAAGAGAAUAGCUGAACUUUCUGAAGAUGAUCAGAAAAUAUUUGUAGAUUUGCAAGCUGAAGGAUUCCCUGUGAUAGAGACGAGCACUCUGACUGAGGAAGGUGUCAUUAAAGUUAAAACAGAGGCUUGUGAUAGGCUUUUGGCUCAUCGAGUUGAAACCAAAAUGAAGGGAAAUAAAGUGAAUGAGGUGUUGAACAGAUUACAUUUAGCUGUACCAAACAAGAGAGAUGAUAAGGAGAGGCCCCCUUUCAUCCCAGAAGGAGUGGUGGCACGCAAGAGGAGAAUGGAAGUUGUGGAGCCCAAGAAGAAGAGGGAACGAGAUCUUGAGCUGGAAAUGGGAGAUGAUUAUAUUUUGGAUCUUCAAAAGUACUGGGAUUUAAUGAAUUCAUCUGAAAAGUACGAUAAGAUACCAGAGAUCUGGGAAGGCCAUAAUAUAGCUGAUUACAUUGAUCCUGCAAUCAUGAAGAAAUUGGAAGAAUUAGAGAAAGAAGAAGAACUAAGAACAGCUGCUGGGGAGUAUGACAGUGAUUCUGAAAGUGAAGAUGAGGAAAUGGUAGAAAUCCGACAGCUGGCAAAACAAAUUAGAGAAAAAAAGAAAUUGAAAAUCCUUCAGUCCAAAGAAAAAAAUACACAGGGACCCAGGAUGCCUCGAACAGCUAAGAAGGUUCAGAAGACAGAUUUGGAGAAUGAGAUGCGUAGUCUUGGUGUUGACAUGGAUAAUAAAGACAAUGCCCACUAUGCAGUCCAGGCAAGGAGAUCUCGGAGUGUCACCAGGAAAAGAAAGCGGGAAGAAUCUGUUCCACCGUCUUCUAUAGUCCGGAGUCGGAGUUGCUCUCGAACUCCACGUGAUGUUUCUGGUCUUCGGGAUGUCAAGAUGGUGAAGAAGGCCAAGACUAUGAUGAAGAAUGCUCAGAAGAAGAUGAAUCGCUUGGGGAAGAAAGGGGAGUCAGAUCGACAUGUGUUUGAUAUGAAGCCCAAGCACUUACUCUCUGGAAAGAGGAAAGCUGGUAAAAAGGACAGGAGAUAGGUUUCAGUUGACAUGGUUUGGCUAGACUGUUUGUUGCUGUCUAUUUCUUGGUUGGGUAUGGUGUGGGUUCAUAAAAUUGGAGUCAUCUAUAAACAAACAAAAAUAAUUGAAGCAUUCUUUGCUAAACAUUGUGGUUAAACCCUGCAUAAUAAGUGCUGGAAAUUUUUGUCUGCAAAAUGCAAACAUUUGGAGUGGACGGUCUUUCUGCAUUAAAUAGAGGAUUGGUUGCUUCAGAUUUGCAGAACUAGAAAAAUUUGGUGUGACUUUGAUGUUUUGAUGGAGAAAAGUCUUAUUUUUUCUAAGAGGAAACUUCGAUUUAUCACACGUGAAUACUUCUUUUUUUAAGAAGAAAGCAUCUCCAUUUAUGGAUAUGGACAGAGGGCUGGUUACCUGCUCUGCAGACUUGGGGCGCAAGCAUGUUUAUGAUCGGGUCAGAACCCUAAUGCUUAAAAUACUCCUUUAAAUUAUUUUCCAAACUUCUUGUACAAUGUAUUGUUGUAAUCUCUCUUCCAACUAUUUUAUCCAAAAUAAAUCUCCAGGAGAAAUA